AGCCGAUUGCCUUUUAUUAUAGACAAGCUCUGUUUUCCUCACCCUUCUUUCAUUCUCCACAUUAAACCCAUGGGAAACUACGUUGAGAAUUACGAUCUCAUCGUGAAGAAAUGGGAGCCCGUUUUGGUAACGCCAGCCGAGGAGACCAAGAGAGGAAUCUACUUCCUCUCCAACGUCGACGAGGAUGAAAACCUAGUCCGCACCAUUUACUGCUAUCACCAUAAGAAAACUAACGAUGACGAUCCUUCGGGAGUGAUCAAGAACGCUUUGAGCAAGGUUCUUGUCCACUACCACCCUCUCGCCGGCCGGCUGGUGACCACCACGGCAGACGAGGGGAGGCUCGCCGUGGAUUGCACCGGCGAGGGCGUGUUGUUCGUGGAGGCGGAAGCGAAUUGCUCAAUGGGCAGCAUUGACUUCUCCAAGCCUGAUGCGGAAACACGUGGCAAGUUGGUGUACGAGAUUCCUGGUGUAAAGAGCAUAUUCCAAAUCCCUCCUCUCAUGAUUCAGAACAUCACAAAGAUGGGGAAAAUUGACAAUGGAAAACAGAACACAGAAAAGGUCUUCCAAGUGAAGAAAGGGAAUCCAACUUUGGUCCCGCCGGCAGUGGACACCAAUCAGGGAAGCGUUUACUUCCUCUCCAACGUCGACGACGACUUGACCAUCAUCCGCACGCUCUACUGCUUCAAGUCCGGCGGCCAGGAGGCCGGAGAGGUGAUCAAGAACGCCCUGAGCAAGGCUCUGGUUCACUACUACCCUCUGGCCGGCCGGCUGAUCCUCUCGCCGGAGGGUGGGUUCGCUGUGAAUUGCACCGGCGAAGGGGUUGUGUUCAUUGAGGCGGAGGCCGACUGUGGGUUGGAUGACGUUGAUUUUUCCAAGCCGGAUAAGGCUACACGUGGCAAGCUGGCUGCCUUUGAUGCUCCUGAUGGCAUGGGGAACAAAUUCGAGAUCCCUUUGAUGGCUCAGGUGACCAAAUUCAAGUGUGGAGGAUUUGCGCUAGGACUGGCCUUCAGUCACUUUGUGGCCGACGGAAUAUCAGCAGUUGAAUUCAUCAACUCGUGGGGGGAGACUGCCCGCGGGCUUCCGUUAUCAUUGCCACCAUUUCUCGAUCGAACCCUACUCCGAGCUCGAACUCCACUCAGAGUCGAACACCACCACUCCGAGUAUGACACGUUACCGAACAUAUCAUCUGACCUGAUCACCGGCGAGGAAGUAGUCUACCGCUAUAUUCGGUUCGACCAGGACAUGAUCUGUAAGAUCAAAAAUGGAAGGAUAAUCACCAACAACAAAUGUUCAUCCUACGAGGCGAUCGCGGCUUUCGUGUGGAAGGCUCGAGCCAAGGCACUCAUGAUGUCGGGCGACCAGCUCAUGAGGGUGCUUGUGGUCGUGAACGUCAGGGACAAGUUCGAGCCUCGACUGCCAAAAGGGUACUUUGGGAAUGCGAUAAAGUACACGGCCGCCACGUGCCAGGCGCGUGACCUUGUGGAUCAACCAUUAUCCUAUGUUGUUGGAUUAGUUCAAGAGGCGAUUCGGCGAGUGAAUGAUGAGCAUUUAAGAUCUACGAUUGAUUAUAACGAAAUAAGAAGGGCGAUCCGUCCAUUAGGGUUUACAUAUAUUUCAAGCACGUGGUCAGGAUUGGCUUUUGGUUCCACCAAUUUUGGUUGGGGCGAGGCUAUUUCGACCGGUCCAGUGGAACUUCCUGUGGAUGAAGGGAUAUUGUUCCUUCCUCGUCAAGAGAAAGGGAAGAUGUGUAUGUAUGCGUUCAUGGGGCUGCCUGUCUCUGCCAUGGGGAAUUUUGAAGAAUUGGUUCGGCAAAUUAAUUAG